CUGCUCUUCCUUUUCCUCCAGUUUCCAGGCAGCCCACCGCGGGGGAAGAAGCGCUCUCCUCCCGCAGACUGCCAGGCUCCUACUUCUCACGGACUGCCGAAGCUGCCAGGCAGUGGCGACGGCUAAAAAACAGGACCGGACCAACGGACCUUUUUUAUUUCGGUCGGAAACACUAAGCGAAACCUCCGUGAAGGGAGUGGAUUAAAGUUCGGGUUUGUCGAGACGGAGAAAACCGUCGCUAACGGGCCGGCGUUGGCUGGAAGUUUCCGAGUGGAAGCGGAGCUGCGCCGUGAUGUGGUGACGCCGCUCCGCAGCCGCAUCGACGGGAAGCUAACGUUAGCCGAGGCGCUAACGCUGCUGGAUACUUUCCUCAUUUCGGCAGCUUUGGAGACCUGUUUCAAGAUUUUAUCAUUUUAAACACUUUGAAAUAGAUUUUAUAGUAUAUGUUUUACAAUGUUGCGUACUUUUAUACGAAACCGAGCAUUACGUGUUUGUUCAUAAAUUAAAAGUAGUGAGCGUUAGCUACCUAGCAGGCUAGUAGCUGUCGAUUUAAACUGACUCCAAGCCAAAGAUUUCUGUUUCAAAUUAGCUAGCCGCUCAGCAACAGUUUCCACGUCACCUGACUGGAUCAGGGUGUAUCUGUCAGUUAUGAAAUGCUAUUUUCGAUUAGAAUAACUUUAUAUUUUAGGGUGCUUGUGUGGUUUUGAUGUGCAAAGAUCGACACUUUACUUCCAAAUCCAGGAAUGCAAUCAUCGAAUCACCAGCUCACUCGGGAAGCUAGCGUGCUAACACGGAGUUAGCCGGCCAAAGUUGGAAUACUGCCCCCCUCUCACCCUGUGUGGGUCUGAGGCCUUAAGGAAAUUUUAUUUUUCCCCCUUCUAAAGGACUCUUCCACAGCCUUAAUCCCAACACCUGAACGGAAUUAAGAAUUCCCGAAUAACCCUGGAUAUUGUUGAAGACCGUUCCAUAGAGUUGGAUUUAGUUUAUCUCCAAAACGUGGAUUACAAAGGAGUUUGGAUUAACGUCAAACUGCAAAGAUGAUGUGUGAGGUGAUGCCCACCAUCAGCGAGACCGAAGGGCCCGGCGGCGGGAACGGCGGCGGCCGCAGAGGCUCCGGGUCGCCGCUGCAGUCUGACUCCGAGGGUCACUUUGAGUCGUUGAUGGUGUCCAUGCUGGAGGAGCGGGACCGGCUCCUGGACACGCUGAGAGAAACUCAGGAGAAUCUGGGCCUGACUCAGAGCAAGUUGCAUGAAGUCAGCCAUGAACGGGACUCACUGCAGAGGCAGCUCAACACCGCUUUACCACAGGAGUUCGCUGCUCUGACGAAGGAGGUGAACAUCUACCGGGAGCAGCUCCUGGAGAAGGAGGAGGAGAUUGCAGAGCUGAAGGCAGAGAGAAACAACACCCGGCUGCUGCUGGAGCACCUGGAGUGCCUGGUGUCGCGUCAUGAGCGCAGUCUGAGGAUGACUGUGGUGAAGAGGCAGGCUCAGUCUCCUGCUGGCGUCUCCAGCGAGGUGGAGGUCCUUAAAGCUCUAAAGUCACUUUUUGAACACCACAAAGCCCUUGAUGAGAAGGUGAGAGAGAGACUUCGUGUUGCUUUAGAGCGAUGCAGUGCAUUGGAGGAGCAACUCACCAUCUCACACAAAGAAGUAAGCAAACAUGAAAACCUUCUGAAAAUCUUUAACAAGUUUGGAGAUGUGUCCUUGUUUAUGAGGGCCAAAUAUGAUUGUGUUCAG